AUCGCUCAAAUUGCCGAGAGCCUCCCCCGAGCUCAGCUUUCAUCGGAUCUUUACCCGACACCUCAGAUGAAAGUAGCGCUCGAAGAGCUAUACGCCUCGGUCCUCAACUUCUUGCUGAAGGCCUAUGAUUGGUAUAAGCAAGAGAAACUCUCGCAUUUUCUUCACAGCGUCACACGGCCCCUGCAUCGUGUUUACGCCGACCUGGUCGAUGAAAUCGCGGAAAAUUCUCGAAGAAUCGAUCAGUUGGCUGCCGCGGCAAUGCAGGCUGAAUGUCGUGAUAUGCAUCAGAAAAUAAAAGUCAUUCAGUCUCAACUGCAAUUGAUCGCGGCAUCACGGACUGAACCUCGCGACUUGAAUCAAAUAUUCACCGUUAUUCAGUCUCAGCAAGACCUAGCGGCUACGAAGAUGGAUGUCAUUCUCAACAAGAUGGCAUCAUAUCAUGCCAUACAGUCAAAUGGCAUAUUGGAUACCAAUCAAAGACUUUCGGACCUUCAGAUAUCUCAAAUCCUCACUCACUUGUCCAAUGUGCCACUUGACGACCCGCUUAAAAGCUUUCAGCAUCAUCUAUUCUUCAGGAAACGACGAGCACAAGGAACAAACUUGUCCACAGUUACAAACGCCUUCUGGCUCUCUUCCCGGUUCCAGUCACUCUUUUCCACAGACGACUCAGCACUUGCUUUAAUGAGGGGAAAUUUCGCUACCCGGCAGGUGCUACAAGAUUUGUGCAUUGAUGUCAUCGACCAUUUGAGAUGUUCAAAUAUACCAACUCUCUGGGCGCUGAAGAAAGCUCCGACACCUACCAAUGAGCAGGCGCAAUUAUCUAUUGCCGAUUUGCUCAAGUAUCUGAUAUUCCAAGCCCUCCAGCUCAACGAGAGUUUGAAAACGGAAAAGACCAUGGCCUGGCGCUGCGCGCAGUUUCAGAGAGCCACCACUGCUACAGAAUUAUUUCAGCUCUUGCUGGCAGCGUUGGACGGUCUUGGUCGACAAAUUUACCUUGUAAUUGACCUAGAGACAAUAGAAGAGUCACUACAGAGCGUAGAUGGCUUCAACAUCGUGUCUGCAUUCCUACAGUCAUUCCACGCUUCGCAAUCGCCAAACACACGACUCAAAAUCAUUAUUGUA